AUGGCUUUAUUGCAGAGAAACGAAUUUGGCAUAAAGGAUAUUGGUCGCAGCGUGACAGUGCCUAACAAUGAUGUAGCAAAAUUGAUGUACUAUCUUAAUUGUGUUUGUUUCUCAAUAGAUUGUAAUGAUGAUCCAGAUAUACGUCGUCUAACUAAUUAUAGCAAUUGGUCAAGUUUGUCAGUAGAUGAACAAAAAAAAUUGCUCGUUCUUUGCUAUGCUCUCAGUCCAGAUGUCUUCGAAAAUAAAGUCUUCUUUCAAAGUGAUGCAUUGUGUCAAAAUUCAUCGAAUAAAUUCUACGAAAUUAGUCAAGUUCGUCAUCAAGUUCUUGCUGUGUCGUCCAUUGUAGUUGCUGGUCGUGCUCGACAAGUGAACAAGAUUAUGACAUACAAAAUGUCAUGGAUGCGUUCAUACUAUCUUGACCCAAUGCAAGGGUUGGCUCGACGUUUAGGUGAACAAGAAAGACAACGUCGUCGUGAAUCGUCGCGUUGUGUUGUCUCGUAA